AAUAUAUCAAAAAUGAGAAAUAAUAGUGUAAUUUAUCCUAUUUUCUAUUAGACGUGCGGGUGGACUGAGUUUUUAUGGGAACUCAUACACAGAUUGACAUGCUGAGUACGCAGGUCGCUGUGUCGUCCGUAUUCGUGAUCUUCAUCUACUCAGUGGCCAAUGCAGCUGCACAGUCUUCCUGCCCCAAGCCGAUUGUAAGAAGAGAGAUUUUGAAAAAGGGAUUUCACAGGGAUUUAGUAACCAGGGUGAACGUUCAGGGCUUUGCAGAGCAGGUGAAGAGCUGCAGAGUACUGAUCCGGGAGACUAUCCCAUCUGGUCUAUUUCUGGAUCCAUAUCAGCUUUCCUCACUGCAGCAGCACAAUCUAACAGAGGUUGUGUUGCUGUCAUCAGUGGAUGUAGAGGCUCCUGAAUACCUCUCCACAGGAAAUACUGCCCUGGUGUAUGCAAAGCCAGACCAGUCAUGUGACCACUGCUUCAUCUCUACAGUUCCGGUACAUGCCCGAUACCACCGCCCAUCAGCACAAGCCCAUGACAUAUCACUUGUUCUCCAGAACCCUCAGUUGCUCAUUUACUGCAGUGAAGUACGCCAGCGAAGCGCCACAGACAGGCCACAGCCAACUGAUGGAGAUGGUGGGAAUGCAGGUUCGUCUUCUGCAAGCCGCCCUCCUUUAAGGCGGCCAUCACAGGGCUCUGUGAGUUUACCUAGGAGGCCCAGUAAGACGCGUCGUGUGGAGUCUGAUUCUGCGGCUCCAUCUUCACCACCCAGGCGGCGCAUCUCCGCAGUGCUGGCCCAGCCACCACAGGCAACGUUGGCUAGUCCCCAAAGUGAUGAGCCACGAUCACCUCAGCUGUCUGACCCAACCAUCAUGGCCGAGGACGACCAGCAGGAACCUGACCAACAGCCAACCUUUACACUGCACCUUACGCCCGUUGAUCCUACCCAGCCAACCCAGCAGCAGGAUAUGCCCCAAGCCUCAGUAAGGCCACAAUUGAUCCCUACUCCACCCCAGCAACAAAUGUCCGCAGACUUUUGGACCAGUUGGGCCACACAACAGGUCCAAAACACUGCCUACCUGAACACACACACACAACACCUUGCCAGUCUGCCCCAUCAUCUUCUGCGCAUUAGUCGGAACUCGGGAAGACUGAUUGUUCAGGUAGGCAGAAUUGCUACAUCAAUGGAGCAAAUCAGGGCGGACAACACGCAAAUGCUUUCAAAUUUGACGCGCAUCAUCGAUGAGCAACAGCGGCAGCAACAAGCCCUAAUACAAGUUAUACAGCACAAUCAGGUAGUGAAUGAAACUUUGUCUCGGAUUGUGGCCAGCAACACUGCCACAAAUAAUCAGCUGAAUGCCAGUAUUCAUAACUUGAGCCAAAGCAUAACUCUGAUGGCAGCACAACAAGCCAGCUCCAGCUCAGGAACGACUACCCCUAGCCAGACCCCAGUUACCUCCCCUGUUCGACGAUCAAGCAGAACACGGCCCAGCGACCCUGCUCAAACCUCUGCACCCAGCACACAAAAGAAAAAAAUGAAGAAUACAUGA